CCACCUUUUCAAUCGCGCGAAUCGACGUAUCAUUCCUGUGUGGAGAUUCACCAUCUCAAUCGCGCGAAUCUACGCAUCGUUCCUCUAUCCCUCUCUCCCUUUGUCUUCCUCACCCCCAGAGAGCGCCACCACCAGCGAAAGUACGAAAAGAAGGUCGACGGCGAAACAUCUCUCUACAAAAGAAAAGAAGAAAAUGGUGGAAAGGUCAAAAUCGUUAAUAAUGAUGGGAACGGGGGCGAUUUUGGGUUCCGUCGCUACCAUCACUCUCCUCAAACUCCUAUCCAGCUUUUGAACAUUUUGAUGAAACUCCCACACAUAAGUUGUGGUCGCAGACGGGUUGGAAAUGGCUACAUUAGCAAGAGAAGCGGGCUCUUAGCUGAAAACACAACUGGUGAUGGCAGUAUAUCCACAAGAGAAAGAGAGAGAAUGGCACACAAUGGUGUUAAGGAUGUGUCAGUUGGUGGAGACCUUUUAAAAGAUGAAAUAGCUUCCGAACAACUCACAAGGAACAUUCAAUUCUUUGGCAUGGAGUCCCAACGUAAAGUGACUGAAUCGUUUGUUGUAGUCAUUGGUCUUGGAGGAGUUGGGAGUCAUGCUGCUUCAAUGCUUUUGAGAUCAGGGGUUGGUAGGCUCCUCCUUGUGGAUUUCGAUCAGGUAUCGGUUUCAUCGCUGAAUCGACACGCUGUGGCUACUAGAGAAGAUGUCGGAACCCCAAAAGCGGUGUGCCUUCAAAAGCAUUUUGCAUCGAUUUUCCCAGAGUGCCAAAUAGAUGCAAGAGUGCAGUUAUAUGACGCAUCAUCUGAGGAGGAGAUUCUGUCCGGCCAGCCUGAUUUUGUUCUUGAUUGCAUUGAUAAUAUAGAUACAAAGGUGGCUCUACUUGCUGCAUGUGUACGUAGGGGUUUAAGGGUGCUUUCGGCAACAGGUGCUGGUGCUAGAGCUGACCCAACUCGAAUUCGUGUUGCUGAUUUAAGAGAAUCGAUAAACGAUCCACUCUCUCGAGCUGUCAGACACCGUUUGAAAAAGGACCAUGGUAUUGAAGGUGGAAUACCUGUAGUUUUUUCUCUGGAGAAACCCAAGGCAAAGCUGCUACCCUUUAAAGGAUCAACUGGAGAAGAAGAAAAUCCUUCGGAUUAUCAGAUUGUACCAGGUUUCAGGGUCCGUAUCAUACCUGUUUUGGGAACUAUCCCCGCCAUUUUUGGACAGGUGAUGGCUUCCUAUGUCGUGACGCAGCUUGCAGGGCUGCCUGUCCAAACAGAACCAGUAGUGAAUUUGGAUCUGGAUCACUACCGGACUCUCCUUCAACGCCUUAUUGAGCAUGAGGAAAUAUUGUAUGGCACUGCAAUGGAUGUUCAGGUAGAUGUUGAAGAAGUAAUGUAUGUUGUAAAAGAACUGUGGCAUGGGCGAAGUGCAAGAGAUGCGUUUGCAAGGGACGUUGGACGGGCAAUGUGGCGAUCUGUUAAUGACUUGAUGCUUUUGAGGUGGGACCAAGGAAAGCCUGCAUCGGUAUCAAAUUUGAUUCUUCUAAAAUUUGAAGAGGCCGAAGAGCACGAGUCAAUGACCCUUGAUGACAUAAGGGACAGAGAACCAGAUUUUUUUGCCAGGGUGACAGGCAUUUUGAAGAGAGCUGAGUUGGACUUUGGUUUAUAGGUUCCUGUAGGCGACACAUGGCAAAGCUGGAUGAAGAUGCACAUGAGAACGCGGCAAGAAGUCUGGAAAUGAAGGGGCCUGACGUUUUGUGCCUGGGCUUCUCUAUCAACUGCCAAUGGCUAGUCGGCUAGUGAGAACUGCUAAACAGGCCAUCCUCUAAUUUAAAGAUCACGCUAUUAUAGAUCAGAAUGGUGGCCCACUUUAUGAUGGGAAUAGACGUUUAGAUUACCCUGCAACUUUAUUUAUGAAGGUACCGUUGUUUUCUAACAUUUUUGAGUGUUGUAUGAUCAUUUUGAUGGCCAUCUUGUCAAUUGAUGGCCUAGAUGCACAAUCUAAUCUUGUUAAAUGAGCGGGUAUAGAGUGUAAUAUAAGUGAAAUGGGGUUCAAUCAUUGGUAGUGUUUACCUUUCAUUAAAAAAGAAAAAGAAAAAAAGAAAAAAGAAGAAGCUAAUGAACCAAGGAGAGAAAAAAGAAAAGAAAAGAAAAAAAAAAGACUCAAUAAGCUUUUUCAAAAUUUGCGCAUAUUAUAUCAUGCUUAUGAAGAUGAUAACCAUGUAUACAUAUAUAGCCUCAUAACCAAUGAGAGAAUUCCAGGCUCAUAAUAAAAGUUUUUAACAAAGACACGAAAUAGCAAUACAUCUAUUAUCUGUGACUACUUGUGUAAUUCAAUGUGUACACACAUGUUGCAUAUUUGAGUUAAGGACUUACCAAGUUCUAUUUAUGAAAGCAUCCUAACAUCCUCUUUUAAAUUGGACUUUUCAAAAUUAACCAUGCCCAACAUCUUCUCUAACUUGUCGAAGGUGUUGGAUUUUGAUGACUUCAUGAAAAUAUCGACAACUUGAUCACAUGAUUUGCAAUACUUGAGUUUGAUGUCUUUUUCUUCAUGAAUUCAAUAAAUGAAGUGAUAAUGAAUAUUGAUGUGCUUGCUAUGUCCAUGAAACACUAGAAUUUUUUAUAAGAGAGAUCGUCAAACUAUUAUCACAAUAACAAAUUAUCGUGGGACCAUGUUGAAGAUGAUGCAUCUCCUCAAGCAUUCUUCUUAACCAAACAACGAGACUCGCACAAGAUGAUACUGCAAUUGAGAGUACAAUCGCAUCUUAUUUAUUUAAUGAUUGUAUGAAUGCACCACUACAAAUAUAGAACACAUAGCCUGGCGUACCUUUUAUAUUAUCCAUAUCGCCAUCUCAAUAACUAUCUAUGAACCGAGAAAGUCU